AUUUAAAAAUUGUAUUGCAACAGAUCAAUCCUCAAAAUUUAAGCCAAGCAGCAGUAGAUGAUGCGCCAUCUCAGUCUAAAUCGACCCGAUAUAGUCAAAUAUAUUCCUCUUCUGAGGAAUCUGAGACACAUGACGAUGACGAUACCCAAAAAGUUGUAUGUUCAUUAUGACAAAAAUUAGAAAAAUUGGAAGAUAUUACAGUAAACACAGCAUUACCUGAUGUCAGAUCUUUGUCACGUUAAACGUCUCCGUUUCAUGAAAGAUCACGGACAAGCACGUCACUAUCACAUCGCAGGUCACGCUCCCGUCAACGGUCGCCCUCACGACGGACGUCACCGUUACAAACAAGGUCGUUUCCGCCUCAAACGUCACAGUCAUCUCAAAAGUCACGAAUACGUCAAAGGUCAUCGUCACGUCGUAGGUCAGAGUCACAGACAAGGCCAAUGACACCUGAAGCGUCAACGUCACGUCAAAGAUCACCGUUACGUCAAAGGUCACCAUUACGUGAAAAGUCAUCGUCACGUCAUGGGUCAGAAUCACGGACAAGGCCACUGUCACCUGAAGCGUCAACGUCAAGUCGUAGGUCACUAUUACGUGAAAAGUCAUCGUCACGUCAUAGGUCCGAAUCACCGACAAGGCCAUUGUCACCUCAAGCGUCAACGUCAAGUCGUAGGUCACCAUUACGUGAAAAGUCAUCGUCACGUCAUGGGUCAGAAUCACGGACAAGGCCACUGUCACCUGAAGCGUCAACGUCACGUCAUAGAUCACCCUUACGUCGAAGGUCACAAUCACGUCAUAGGACAAAGUCACGGACAAGGCCAUUGCCACAUCGAGCGUCAACGUCGCGUCAUAGGUCACCGUUACGUCAAAGAUCACGAUCACGUCAAAGGCCAACAUCACGUGAAAGACGAUUGCCUCCAAACGAAGGACAUGAAGGGAGAGCGCGUGGUCAAAAACGUUCAAAGAAAACAAUGGCAGAGUUUAUUCUUGAUUGCAUAGAGUUUUAUUCAGCGAGAGAUGGUUAUGGACACGAGGAAAGGCGCAAGCGAUAUCAGAGACCUAAUGAUGACCAGCUAUAUCUGGGAGAAAAUAUAUACAUUGGAAGUUUUCAAUGGGAGCUUUUGCAAAGAGAGAGGCCCUCUACAUUUUUAAUUUAUCUGGCUUUGCACAUAUGGGAUUCGCGUGAUUUAUGUAAUAGAGCCUUAGAUGUUAGCAAAGUUAACAAUCAUAUACCUGGAAGGUCUCCUGUCAAGCUGAUUGAAAACAAUCUACUAAGAUUACUUAUAAGCUUGUACUCGGACUUUUUGAUACGCCAAGGCUACUCAGCAGAAGAAAAAGUACGAUUUUUGUUAAAAGUUACCUAUAUUUUAAGAUUUAAGAUAAGAGAUUUGAGACGCGAGGAAAUAAAACGGCUUACCAAUGCAGCACCUAAGCAACGCAAUCCUCGUAGAAAACUACGUUACACUGAUUAAAAUAGAAUAACUAAGAAAUCUAAAUCAAAUGAAACAUACGUUGAAAAUGUUUUAUAAGGCUUUAUCUUAAUUCGCACUAUUCCAUUCUUAAUUCUUAAUUCUCAUUAUUAUUGAUUAUUUUCAAACAAGAGAGUAGUUUUGACAUGAUCUCAUCUCAAAUAUUGUGAUUUAAAAGUUUGAAGAAAAAAAUUUCUUUCUAGUAUUAUGUACAUUUGUACAAUUGAAAUAAUUACUUUUUAUUUUAAGUUUCAUUAGUAUUUGAUAUACUUAACCGAAAAAUGCUCAAA